AAGGUUAGAUGGGACGAAUUAAAGGAUAAUGAAUUCUUUGAAGUUAAAUGGCCAUAUAGUGAUAAUCAUGUGACUCCAAUAAUACAUGCUUGUGAUGCUUUUGAACAUUUAAAUUAUCGAAGAAACAAAUUGGCUGGAAAUAAAAAACAACAUGUAUUUGAGGAUAUGAAAGAUCGUAUAUCUUACAUCAUUUGGAGAUUUAUUAAAAAUAAACCAAAUAUUUGGCGAUUAAUGGAUGUACGUUUUGAUAUUAUGGCAAAAGUUAUAAUUGGAGGUUCAAAUACUUUGAUUAAAUAUAUUUUAUUUGGGGAUGGAAAAGAUAAGAAUUGGAAUUUACACAUUCCUAAAAUAAAUCGAUGGGAGAAUGAAGACGAAAAAAAAUUUAAAAUAGAAACUAUUGAAGAGAAAGGAGAGACGAAAAUAAAGAAUUUAAGUGAUUUACAAAUCGCGAUCCGUUUAUGUAAAAAAGGUCUUGAGUGUAACCGUAGAUCUUUAAUUGUCGCUUAUUUACUUGAAUACUACGCGGAAAACUUACUCAAACACAAACACAUCGGUUGGUUAUCUACUGUUUCGGAAGCGUUGCCAGAUUUUUAUAGAUAUAAUUUAACAAGUUAUGCUAAAGGAUUAUUUUUUAAAAGAUGUAUCUCAGGUAUUAAGAUAUCUAAAAUGAUAGAAUAUGAAGAUAUCAUACCCAAAGAAAUUGAAGUUAUUGUAAAAGCAUCACAAGAAUUUAUAGCAUUUAAUCCAAACACAAAACUUAUUUCAACGAAAGACGAAACACAAAAAUCAAUUAGUUUACGUUUUAAAGAACUUAACGUGAAAAUAUUCUCAAAUACAGAGAAUCUUUCUCCAACGGUAAAAAUAAUCCCAUUACGUAAUUUUACAGUCCGCAAGAGAGAAAAACUGAAACAUAAGGCAUUUUUAUUAAAAGUCUUUCAAUAUGUAUUCAUUCCUCGGAGAUAUUUAAGUGAUAUAAAACUUAGUAGUCCACUUGUUCAGAUUGUUAGAAACGAAAAAAAUGAGGAUGAUAUAUUUGAUAAUCCAACAAUGGCAGCUGCAAUUAAUUAUAAGUGGGGUCCAACAAGAAAUUAUUUCCUUGGAAAUUUUUUUAGAUAUAUUUUAUUUGCAGCUUGUUUUGCAGCUUUGGUAGGAUGUUAUUUAGGUCAUGUUGAAGCAACUGGGCAUUUAUAUAACCUUUUGGUUUUCCUUUUUAUUCUAUUUUAUUAUUCUGGUGUUUACUUAUUCUUGGUAGAAUGUAUACAGCUUCGACAUCAUAUAAAUAUUAUAAAAAAGACAUAUUUAUUUGUCGUUUUCAUGUUAUUGGUUGUCCUUGCGUUCUCCCACGUGUUUUUACUCUUAUUACAACAUACAGAUUUUUCGGAUCUUGAUGAUAUCACGUCCAAAAAGUCAAGCUAUACUAUACAAAAUAGCGCGGGUGAUGUGAUCGGAACAUCUCUACAAGAUUUUGAUCGAAAACAAGAUAACCCAAGUAAAGAUUUUGGUACAUCAUUUCUUUCAACAUAUGCUUGGUUACGUGGUUCUUUUCCACAAGAAGCUAUCUGGGAUUUUUGGGCAGUUGAAGCAUUAACUUUAAUUGGUAGUUUAGUCUUGAUAACUGUCAUACAAAAUAUGUUUAUCGCCUUUUUAAGGUAA